AUUCGAUUAACGAGGUACUACACUCACAAUAUUGUCUAGUGUCCCAUGAGGCUAACUGACCAGCGUUUGGCUGCAAAUACUCAGGUCUCGCUACCAGUACUGUGUGUGAUCAUGAAUUUAUAAACUGGUAUUUAAGACGAAAAUGAAGCGUGGCUCUAGAGAGGAACUACUUGGCAGCUCUCACGAGGCUUUGAGGAACAGUCAGCAUGAUUUGCGGAAUACAUAUGAAAAACCUCUUACCAGAGAAGAAAAAACAUACCUUCUGCAUGCUGAUAGGGGUGACUACAAUACAGUAAAAAGAUUGAUAGACCAGUAUGCUGCCAACCCUGAUAUCCUGGACAUCAACUGUGUGGACCCAUUAAACCGAUCUGCACUGAUAGCUGCCAUAGAAAACGAGAAUAUAGAACUUAUCAAAUUACUACUAGACGCUGGUAUAAUGGUCAAGGAUGCUCUACUGCAUGCAAUCAAAGAAGAAUACGUAGAAGCAGUUGAACUAUUAUUGCAAUGGGAAGAAGAACACCAUGUACCUGGAGAACCUUAUAGUUGGGAAUCCGUAGACCCGGCGGCCGCCACCUUCACGCCGGACAUCACGCCGCUGAUCCUCGCGGCCCACAGGAACCACUACGAGAUCCUUAAGAUCCUACUGGACAGGGGUGCCACGUUGCCGGUGCCACACGACGUAAAAUGCGGAUGCGAUGAAUGCGUUAAAUCCUCUCAGGAGGAUUCCCUACGUCAUUCCCAAGCUCGCAUUAACGCGUACCGGGCUCUCACAUCUCCAUCACUGAUAGCCCUGUCGUCAGCUGAUCCUCUCCUGACUGCCUUCCAGCUUUCUUGGGAGCUGGGACGGCUGAGUCGCAUGGAGACAGAGUUCAGAGUUGAAUAUAAGGCACUGAGACAACAAUGUCAAGAAUUUGCUACCUCACUAUUAGACCAUACUAGGACCUCCAAGGAGUUGGAGAUCAUGCUCAACUACAACCCUUGGGACCUCGACAGCUGGGAGCCAGGAGAACGGCAGACGUUAGGAAGGCUCAAAUUAGCUAUUAAAUACAAACAGAAAAUGUUCGUGUCGCAUCCAAAUGUUCAACAAUUAUUGGGAGCGAUAUGGUAUGAAGGUCUACCUGGUUUUAGAAGAAAAAACAUCGUAGGACAAUGUGUACAGGUAGCAAAAUUAGGAGUGAUGUUUCCAGUGUAUUGCACUAUAUACAUGCUCGCACCAAACUCCGAGUACGGCAGAUUCAUGAAGAAACCAUUCGUCAAAUUUAUCUGCCAUAGUUCUUCUUAUAUGCUGUUCCUUACAUUGUUAUCACUGGCUUCCCAACGGGCGGAGUAUUUAAUACUGGAGUGGUCGGGCAUAAGGUGGCUGCAGCAGCUGGUAGAGUACUGGAAGGAGCACGAGCGAGGCUCGCUGCCGGGCCCCAUCGAGUUCACAGUCAUCAUCUACAUAGCAAGUUUAAUAUGGGCAGAAAUAAGAGCGCUGUGGACGGGAGGAAUCAUGGAGUAUAUAAGCGAUCUUUGGAAUAUCGUCGAUUUUAUUACCAACAUGUUCUAUAUAGCUUGGAUUAGCUUGCGUAUAUCUUCUUGGUACAUCGUUCAGCGAGACUACAAAAGCGGCAUGGACCCAUGGUACCCUCGAGAGCGCUGGGACUCCUACGACCCCAUGUUACUAUCUGAAGGCGCAUUCGCAGCUGGCAUGAUCUUCUCCUUCUUAAAACUGGUGCACAUCUUCUCCAUCAACCCUUACUUGGGGCCGUUGCAGGUGUCUCUCGGAAGAAUGAUACUGGACAUCUUGAAGUUCUUCUUCGUGUAUAUGCUGGUGCUCUUCGCUUUUGGAUGUGGUCUAAAUCAAUUGAUGUGGUAUUACGCUGAAUUGGAGAAGAACAAAUGUUACCACGCUCCAAACGGGCUCCCGGACUUCGACAACCAAGAACGAGCUUGCACGAUAUGGAGACGAUAUGCCAACUUGUUUGAAACCUCACAGUCCCUAUUUUGGGCAUCUUUCGGCCUCGUCGACCUGACGACCUUCGAGUUGACCGGCAUCAAGAGUUUCACCAGAUUCUGGGCACUACUCACCUUUGGCUCUUACUCGGUCAUCAACAUCAUUGUACUACUGAAUAUGCUGAUCGCGAUGAUGUCCAAUUCGUAUCAAAUCAUCUCUGAACGAGCAGAUAUGGAGUGGAAGUUCGCACGCAGUAACCUCUGGAUGUCAUACUUCGAGGACGGGGACACCGUUCCCCCGCCGUUCAACAUUAUCAUUACACCUAAACACAUCGUCUGUUGGAUCAAACAUUGCUUCAGUAACGCGAACAGAGGAUCUAUUAUAAACAAAUCACGGGAAAAAGCCCGUCAACAACACGAAGCAGUGAUGAGGGUGUUAGUCCGCCGGUACGUGACAGCCGAGCAGCGGGCUCGGGACGAAGUCGGCGUUACCGAGGAUGACGUUAUGGAGAUCAGGCAGGACAUAUCCACGCUAAGGUUCGAGCUGAUAGAUAUACUCCACAACAAUGGUAUGAAGACGCCAAGACUGAAUAUGCAGGAUAGUACAGUAUCUGGUAAAAAAGGUAAAGUGAUGGAAAGAAGAAUAUUAAAGGAUUUCCAGAUCGGCAUCGUGGAGGGAAUCAUUAAAGACGUGAUAUCAAGGGAGAACAAACCGAAAGACGUGUUCAGUCAGAUUGCGAAAGCCAUUGUGAGGAGAGGAAGUCUUGAUAGUAAAAAACGCGACUGGAAUGCCCUUGUACGAAGCAACACAGUACGGCGGGACCCCAUCGGAACCACAGCAGAGGCGCUUACCAGACGCAGCCGACAGUCCCUCAGGAUGCAUAUCCUGGAGAACGUAUCCUCGCGCACUAUCGACCCUCAAAAAUUGUUAGAAUACAAUCCAAAACUAUCAGAAGUGACUCCAACUACACGGGUAGCAUAUGCCAAGUUUAUGAGAAGUAAAAUCAAGUCAGACUUCACGGCUAGAGAGAAGUUGAAAUCGGUGGGAGAUAUAAGCUUAGAGGACGAGGUUUUUGAAACGCCAAAAAGACAUGACACUAAAAGACAAAGUCAUCAAUCAUUCCGAAGCAGAACACCUAUACUCGAAACAUCAGAUGACGAAUGUUUAAAAGAUUAUGAAAUUCAAGUAGAAGCAUGUAUUGAAGACAAAGGUUCUGAAGGUGGAACUGAACGAACAAGACCCUUAAAAUCUUCAUCGCAAGAACCAUCUGAGCCUUGCACACCUGAUUUUGACCCGAUCAACGAUAAACUGUUCACUGCAGUUAAAGACCAUGUCAUCCAGAUAGAUGAACCUGAAACACCAACUAAAACGCUGUGUAUGACUAAAGACGAAGAUACAAACUUGCAAACACCUAUUACGCCAACACCAAGUGUACGUUCUGAACAGAUCCUAUCUGCCUCCGCUUUGGAUGUGCAGUACAAACAAAUGGUUACCCCAUUUGUAUCUGAUGAAAGUCAUUCUUCAGGCCAAAAGCCUAGAAGCCCAGUACUGUCCACUAUAAGUGAAAAGCAAUUAGUAAUAUCUAAACCAAAAUCUAGAUCAAUGUUGGGUAGUCCUAAAAUCUGUCCCUCGUCAUCACCCACACCUGACCAAGGGAAAUCCAAGGUAACGGGGAAAUUUGUGUCCGGUUGGCUAUGAAGAUAUUACAUUAAUUUAUAAAAUGACCAACACUGACGUAUUAGUGAGAGUAUAAAUAUUGUUAGAGCAAUAAUUAGAUGUAGACAUUGAUAAUGAUAGAUUUAAUAAAAUGCACUUGAUUGUUAUGUACUUUAAGCAUCAAUACAGUUAUUAAAAAAUUAUAAUGGAUAUAUUUAUAUUGGAAAUAAAAAUAACUGAGUCUAAUUAAUAUUAAUUAAUAUCAUUCAACGAAAAUUCCUUAUUUUAGUUAAUUUCAAACUUUCGCGUUGUUUUCACAUAUUUUAAACGCGAUGAAACAACCUUGGCGUCUUCGUCUGACAGCUCGCGCAAUCAAUAAUAAUAGUAACAACGUGAGGGUAUUCGAAGAAACUGCACGAGCUGCCAGACGAAGAAGCCGCUCACUUCGGUCCUGUCGUGACCACGACGUGGUACAAUCCACAUCGAAACGUUGGCAAUAAAGAAGCAGAUAUAUAUUUAAUAUUUACCUGCAAAGAUUCCUUCAUCGCGUUAAAUUUCGAUUGUGAAUUAAAAAUGUUAAUCAUUUUGUUUUAAAAGGCCUAAUAUAUCAUCUGAAAGAUACUUCAAGUACAAUAUUGCACACAAUUAGUUCAAUAUUCUGUAUUGUUGACGAACUAUGUAUGAAUAAUUUUACAUAUUAAAAUAAAACGUUUGCAUUUGACAUUUUUUUGUUUAAUUUUCCCCUAAAAUAAUAGCUAUCGCAAAAUAC